AUGGCUCGGCUCAAGGACUCGCGCUCACCAUCUCCUGCAGGAAGUCACACUGCGCGAAAACGGAAAGAUGACGAGCGUCGCGAUCGCGACCGCCGCGAUGGACCCCCUCCUCCUCGCGACUACAGACGGCGCUCUCGCAGCCCGGUAGACCGUCGCUAUCGUGACCAACGGGACCGCGACCGUGGCCGUGGCGGCGGUGGCCGAGAUCACGACUCAUAUCGCCGAAGAGAUCGCUCCACAGACCGUCGAGACGAUGAUUACUACCGUGGCCCACGCCGGGAUGUAGGCAACAAUCGCGACCGUCGUCGGUCUCGAUCACGCGACAGGGUUCAGGACAGAGCUCGCUCCACCGAUCGACGGAGAGACCGAAGCCGAGACCGAGACGGUAGAGACUACCGGAGCAGGCGAGAUGAUUCCCGCGAGCGCCCUCCCAGUCGUCGUGAGGGUACGGCUGAUUCAGGCUCCCGCCGUGGCGACGAUGGCCGCCUGCGUGCCCAGCGGAAACCGGAUGCCGCAACUCCAAAAGAUCUAGAGCCAGCUAAGUCCACACCGACCCAACCUCAGUCAGAGGCGGAUAAAAAGGCCGAGCGGCUUCGCAAGCUGCAGGCCAUGAAGGAAAAGCAUGCUCUGAAGGAAGCCAAAGAGGCUGAUGUUACUCCUGGAGCCACCCGGCGGCUUCUAGCUGAGAUGGACCAGAGAGCCACCGGCACAACUAGUCCCUCCGCUAAGCCGUCACCCGCCCCCUCGAGCCCGGCUGCAGUGUCGCCAGCUCCAGCAACCUCGGCUCCUUACGUCGGGAAGUUUGACCCCAAGGCACUCGCUAGGCACAAAGCCGCUCGAUCUCCGCCCCCAGCAAAGUUGGGCGAUGUGAAAUUUGUUACGGCCGGGGCGACUACCGUCGGCAUUAGAAGUGGUUAUCGUGGCCCGGAGAAGCCCGCUGGGCUGCUUCCAGCAAAUAGAGCGAUUAGUACUUUCGGGUUCCAGAAGACGACUGCUGAAACCCAGAAGCCGGCCAAGCGCAAGCUUGACAUGAACGACGAGCAGAUUAUCAAGCGCAAACUCGUCAAGCUUCCUAACUUUGCCCUGGAGAAUACCGACGACACCCCGUAUACCGGUGUCGAAGAAGACGCGGAUGAGGACCUUGACGUUCUGCUGGCUCAGAACGAAGCCGAUGCAGCAGAAGCUUACCGCAUCCUCCACGAGCGACGGGAGGAGCAAAUUCAAAAGGACAGCAUGGCGAUGGAUGUGGACGGAGAAAAGCACAUAGAAGAGGAAGAUAUCGUAGAGGAUGACAAAAUGGACGUCGACGGAGAGGUAGACCCGCUUGAUGCCUUCAUGGCCGGUCUAGAGCAGCCAGGGCCUGUUGGUGGCCUCAAUUCCAAGUCACUCAAGCGAGCGGGCCAGAAACAGGUUCCUACACCCGAGGCCUACUUCAGCGACGACGAAGAUUUCACCUACAAGGGCGAAGUCGCCGACGCAUCCUCCAUUCUUGCCUUGGCGGCUAAAAAGAAGAAGCGGGACAUACCCCUUCAUGACUACUCCAAGAUAAACCUCAACCCCAUACGAAAGAAUUUCUGGGUUGAGCCUUACGAGCUGGCCCAGAUGACCGAAGAGGAGGCAUCGGAGCUCAGACUCGAGUUGGACGGCAUCAAAGUCUCGGGCAAGGAUAUCCCCAAGCCUGUCCAGAAAUGGUCCCAAUGCGGCCUUACGCAACCAAUCCUGGAUACCAUCGAGGGACUCGGCUUCGAAAGGCCGACGCCGAUUCAGAUGCAGGCCUUGCCUGUCAUCAUGUCAGGUCGCGAUGUAAUCGGUGUUGCAAAGACUGGAUCUGGCAAGACGAUGGCGUUUGCCCUUCCUAUGCUCCGUCAUAUCAAGGACCAAGACCCGUUAGCUAACGAUGAUGGCCCCAUUGCUCUGAUAAUGGCGCCCACCCGAGAACUUUGCACCCAGAUCCACUCGGAUCUGCAGCCGUUUAUGAAGGCGUUGAAGCUUCGCGCGAUUGCUGCUUAUGGUGGUAAUGCCAUCAAAGACCAAAUUGCCGAGCUCAAGCGAGGCGCCGAAAUCAUCGUGGCCACUCCUGGGCGAUUGAUUGAUCUCCUCGCAGCUAAUGCGGGCCGCGUCACCAACCUCAAGCGCGUCUCUUACCUUGUUCUCGACGAGGCGGACCGUAUGUUCGACAUGGGCUUUGAGCCUCAGGUCAUGAAGAUCUGCAACAGCGUUCGGCCUGGUCGCCAAACAAUUCUGUUUUCGGCUACGAUGCCAAGGAUCAUUGAUGCCUUGACCAAAAAGGUUCUUCACGACGCUGUGGAAGUUACCGUGGGCGGCCGCAGUGUCGUAGCGCCUGAGAUUACGCAGUCUGUUGAGAUUGUGGACGAAAAAGACAAAUUUGUCCGCCUCCUUGAGCUUCUUGGCGAACUGUACGCCAAUGAUGAUGACGUACGCUCGCUGGUCUUUGUCGAGAGGCAAGAGAAGGCCGACGACGUUCUUCGCGAGCUUUUGCGGCGAGGCUAUGGAUGCAUGUCCCUCCACGGUGGAAAGGACCAGGAAGACCGGAACUCGACCAUUUCGGACUUCAAAAAAGGCGUCUGCCCCAUCCUAAUUGCGACGUCAGUUGCAGCUCGAGGCCUCGACGUCAGGCAACUAAAACUAGUUAUCAACUACGACGCUCCUAACCAUCUUGAAGAUUAUGUGCAUCGUGCCGGGCGCACCGGGCGUGCCGGAAACAUGGGCACGGCAAUCACCUUCAUAACGGAGGAUCAGGAGAACUGCGCCCCCGGCAUUGCCAAAGCGCUUGAACAAAGUGGCCAGCCUGUUCCCGAGCGGCUCAACGAAAUGCGCAAGGCUUGGAGGGAGAAGGUGAAGUCCGGAAAUGCCAAGGAUGCCAGCGGUUUUGGCGGCAAGGGCUUGGAGAGACUCGACAAGGAGCGAGAAGCUGCACGCUUGCGCGAGCGCAAAUCGCACAAGGCAGAGGGCGAAGAGGACGACUUUAAGGAAGACGAAGCGGAAGAGGACAAGAAGAAGGAGAAGGCUACGACGGCCGCCCUGUCGGCCGCUUCGGCCAUUAUCUCACGUGAUGCGGCCAAACAAGAAGCCGAGGCCAAGGCGACAUCCUCUGCUGAUGCCGAUCCCGCCAAGGGCCCAGUUAUCAAAAGCUCGGGUAUCAAGAUCUCGACUGCCAAGAUCGGCGCCGCUGCCCCGAGUGUAGCCAAGGGUGGUGCCCUGGAUAAGGCAGCGUCGGCCAUCAGCGAGAUCAACGCUCGUCUUGCCCGUGCCGGCCAGCUGCGCCCCGGCCAGCCGAUCGACAAUAAAGGUCCCGAUGCCGGCGCCUUCCAUGCGACGCUCGAGAUCAAUGAUUUCCCCCAGAAGGCUCGCUGGGCUGUCACUAACCGCACCAACGUGGCCAAGAUUCUCGAAGCCACCGGUACUUCGAUUACGACCAAGGGCACUUUCUAUCCUCCUGGAAAGGAGCCGCCUCCUGGUGGCGAGGCUAAGCUGUACAUCCUCAUCGAAGGAGACACGGAACUCGUGGUCAGCAACGCAUUAGCGGAACUCACGCGACUCCUCAAGGAAGGCACCAUCGCUGCUGCCGACGCCGAGAACCGCGCACCAGCCAGCGGCAGAUAUACGAUCACAUAA